CGGGCCAGUGUUUGCGGCAGCGAUGACGUCGCAAGGAGCGUUCGCUGGAGCCUUUGGCGGCGCCGGUGGCUUCGGCAGCAGCUUCGGCGCUGCUCCAGGAAGCUCGACGACAUUCGGCUCCUCCUCGACCGCCGGCCCCGCGUUCGGCACCUCGGCGCCGGCCUUUGGAAGCGCAGCGCUAUCGUCGACUGCCUUUGGUCAGCCAGCGACGAGCUUUGGCUCUGGCCAGCCCAGCACGACGACCACGACCUUUGGCUCUGGUGCGCCCAAAUCAACAACCUUUGGUACCAGCCAGCCUAGCUCGACGGCCUUUGGGUCCGGGUCGACGACGCCCUUUGGAACUGCGCCGACAACAUUUGGGUCGGCAUCCUCAGCACCCGUGUUUGGCAGCGGCACGACGUCUGGCAGUGGCCCAACCUUUGGCAGCGCCGCACCGACUGCGAGCUCGGUCUUGGGCAGCGGCACGACGUUUGGUAGCGGCGCUCCAACCGCGAGCCCCGCCUUUGGCGGCCCGUCGGCGUUCGGCAGUGCCUCGACCACAACGUUCGGUACACCGACCUCGACGCCAGCCUUUGGGAGCGCAACGACGUCGCCGGCUUUCGGCACGCCCUCCUCAACACCAGCCUUUGGCGGCCGCUCGGGUACAACGUUUGGCUCGUCAAGCUCGACGUCAGUUUUUGGCAAAGCAACGGCUCGUCAAGCGUCGCUAUCGCCGUUCCCAAGUUCUCCUGCACCGACUACCGUCUUUGGGUCUUCGUCGACCACGCCGGCGGCCACACCCGCGUUUGGUGUCGCCUCCCAACCGCCGUCGUCGUCCAUCUUUGGCUCGGCCGCACCUUCUACCACCUUUGGUUCAUCGAAUGCGUCCGUGUUUGGCGCCGCUGCGCCGCCGUCGACUGUCUUUGGUUCAUCGUCUACCCCGUCGGCCACAGUCUUUGGCGCCAAGACGUCACCCAAGCCAUCGACCUCCGCCACCGGCAUCUUUGGCGCGUCGCCCAGUGCGACGACGACGACGUUUGGCGCUGCGUUCCCGCCCAGCGCUUCGUCCGAGCCGAGUGCGUUCUCGAUCACGUCCAUUGGCGACUCGCCGUUCCAAAAGCCCAAGGACGAGCGUCCGCCUGUGCGCAGCAAGCGGCGCGAGUCCAAGCCGCAGCUCGGUGAGAAGAACCCGUUGCCGCCGCCGUCAACCUCUCCGUCGCCGUCGCCGUCGCCUCCGAGCCGCAAGCCCCGCCAUCGGCCACCGCCACCGGUGGAGGACACGACGGACCCUGCCGCGUCGGACGACGACCUUCCCCAGCCGCCGGCCAAAACGGACCUCGCCGAAGCCACCCACCUCGAAGGCACGUGCGUCGACAUGUGCUCGCCCAAGGAGCUCGAGAUGCACCUCAAGCACGACGAGCUCAGCGCGUUCGAGAAGGGGCCGGACGCAUUCGCUGUAAAGAAGUUUCAGCGCAGCUCGGCGUCGCACAAGCUCGACAUUCCGUCCGAAGUCCGACCCCUGGGGGUGCUCCGCUCGACCCAGCUGUACCUGGAACAGCACAUCAUGGACCGCGAGCGCCUCGGCAUCGACCACCGCAUCAACCCGCCGCGGGUGCCCGACCUCCUCGACCUCUACAACUUUCUCUGGGACCGCACGCGCAUGAUCCGCAAGGACAUUUCGCUGCAAAACUACCGCGGCGGCGGCGGCCGGACGCACCCGAUCGCGAUGGACAUCCACGAGCGCAUUGCGCGCUACUACAUCCUGAGCCAGCACGAGCUGAUCGACGAAGCCCACUUUGUCGUCCAGCAAAACGUUGAGCAGUUUGGCAAGACGCUGCGCAGUCUGCUCGACUUUUACGACGACGCGCGAGCCGAAGGCCUCCCGAGCAGCCCGUUCGAGCCCGAGUUUGCGGGCUAUUACAUUCUCGGGACGCUCCACGACGGCGGCAUCCUCGACGUACUCAAGUUUACCAAGUCGAUGCCGCCAAACCUCUUGGCCUCGGACUGCGUGCAGUUUGCGUGGGCCGUCUUUGUCGCCCGCCGCACGAACGACUAUGUGGGCUUUUUCCGGCUCGUCCAGGGCGCCACGUACCUCCAGGCGUGUCUCAUGCACCAGUACUUUCCCAACGUGCGCUCCAAGGCGCUCGAAGCCAUGAACGCGGGCUACAAGCGACCGGGCAACACGACGCAAGAGUACCCGAUCCAAGAGCUCACGGACCUCCUCUGCUUUGAGGACGAAGAGCACACGGCGUUGGUCUGCGAGCUCCACGGCCUCACGGUCAAGGGAACCGACGUCCUCUUCGGUGUCGGCGACUUCCGCACCGACAGCUACCUCCGCGCCGAGAAGACGCCGGUGCCGAACCCACGUUCCGACCGCUUUAUCAGCAUCAAGCAAGGGGACCUCUGGCGACGGGACGUGGUCCGUGGCGCGACCGAGUACACGCAAGAGGCGUAUCCGGCCCUGGACAUGGCCGUCAAGUUCGCAGAAGACGAAGAACGCAAGCGGUUGUACCCAGAGCGGCCGCCGUACGAGGACGUCUACUCGACGUUCGCUACGUCCGCUGGCAAGACGGCUCCGUCGAUGCAAGCCGCAAAAGCACCGCCGUUGCCCAAAACAGAGCCACCACCGCGUCACCAUGGCAGCAUGAACCGUACGUGGACGCCCAACAGCGCCGCCGCGCCGUCGUCUCCUGUGCAACCGCCGUUGCCACCGCCGCUGCCACCGACGCGACCGCCGAGCAUCCACCGCGUGUGGGUGGCACCAGCGACCGAGGCGGCACCGACCAAGUCGGCCGAGGUGUUGCAUCAAAUCGAAGAGCGGCAGGCUGCGAUCGCCAACGAGAAGGCCGCAAUGCUCAAGCGACUGCAGGAUCUGCAGUCGCUGAAACAGCAGACAAAGACUCCCGCACCGUCGACGGCCAAGCCUGCAGGAACACCGCCCGCGAUGACACUCACGCCCAAGCGCAAGCCUCCGACGGCGGCUGUUCCCAGCAACGAAGAGGACGAAAAGAGACGGCGUGCCGAGGAAGAAGACGCCAAGGCCCGCGACGAAGCAGCGCGCGUUGCUGCCUUAGCAAAGCAGAAGCAAGAAGCGGAAGAAGCCGCCCGAGAAGCUGCAGUGGCUCAAGCGGCCCGAGAAGCCGCCAAACGCGCUGAGGAAGCCGCCGCCAAGGCAGAAGCUGCCCGGCGCGCUGCUGAAGAAGCCCGCGCCCGUGCCGAGGCCGCGCGACUCGCCGAGGAAGCUCGUCGUCGUCGUCAAGCGGAAGAAGACGAGCGCUUGCGACGCGAGGCGAUCGAACGCGAGCGACUCGCCGAGAUUGCAGCGCGCAAGGCGUUUAGCGACAAGUGGCUGCGGACCAACUUUGACGAACGCGCGGUCCUGGACGCGCGCUGGGCCAAGGAAGCGGCGGCCAAAGCGGCUGCGCGCCGCGCCCGCCAACACCUCGCGAUCAAGCGACUCCGCUUUGCGCUCUGGAAGCGAUUCCUGCACGUCCAACGCGAUACCACGCGUCGGCGUGCAUCGCCUGUCGGUGUCGAGAUGCUGCCGCGGAGCCAACACGAGUCGGCUGCCGACGUUGCCAAGUGGAUUUACAAGGGCUUUUCUCGGCUGCCGCGCUGCCUGCCGCCGUGGUCGCCGCAAGACGAAGCGCGCAGUGCGAUGCUUCAUGCCACGCGCUCGCUCUUGCGCCAAAACGCGGGGGCCGCCCCCGUAGAUCUCAGCCACGUGCUGGGCGCUGGCCUUGUGAGGCGGUACCCCGGUGUCCCGACCAUCCACUUUACGCUGGGCCUUGUUUGCACCACGUCGGACGCAUGGACGCAGUGGUGGACGACGACGUGUGCCCCGGGUACUACGCAGCACGGUCCUCAGCAACGUGUCUCGGUCGAUGUCGAAACGCGGUCGCCGACCACACUUGCCGACACGGACGACUGCGUUAUCGUUCCUGUUACGGCGUCCGACAUGCCGUCUCUGCAAGCUGUCGUGCGCGCCAUUGUGCGGGACAUUGCUGCUCUCAAGCGCGCCAUCGACGUCUACGUCGUCAUCCUCACGGCGCUGGAUCCCGCCCUGGUUGCCCGUGUCACCGACUCGAUUGCGCCGCUGCCGUCGCCACUUCGCCGCGUCGUGUGCGUGGCCAUGACGUGGCCGACGGCGCCCGUUCUUGCUCUCCAGAUGCUAACGUCACUCGUCUCGCCCCACGCAACGCUCCACACGGUCUGCGACGCCGACUUGCUCACGCUGCUCGAAGACGUACUCGAGAGUGCCUUGUACGAAGCCCAUUGCCGCCGCGUCCAGUCGCCCACCGUCCUCGCCGCGUCCAUCCAGGCGGCCUUUGAAACCCUCUCGGCGCUCGUCCGCCCGUCGCCGGCCGUCGCGGAUCGCGUCGCGACGAUCUUUGCAGCGCUCGCCCAGCCGCUGCCGCCGCUCCCGUCGUCGUGGGACGAAGUGCCGUCGUUCGUCGCCGCUUUCUUUGCUCCGCUCAAGGUGCCCGAGCCGCGCUGGCGACACGUGGUGCAAGCCAUGCCCGCCAACCAGUACGCCUCGCUGCUCUCGUUUCUCUUUGCCGCGCUCCUCGAGUCGGUCGUCCCAACGCCGAUCGUCGUCGCCGUGCCGUCUGCGUGGCUCGACGCUCUGCACAGCAGCCUCCGGGAUCUCGCAGCCUCUACCGUCGUGCCGCCCAAACCGACCACAAGCACGCCGUCCAAGCGCAAGCUCGCUCUUGAGGCGCCGAGACCAGUAGUAUCUGCCAUCGUCGCGCAGCCAGCCGUGUCGGCGAUUGCGCGCCAAAAAACGUGGGCGCUCCAGGCGCGCGUCAAGCGCACCAAGUCGGCGCUCGCCCACGAACAGUCGGCGUCGGCGUCCUACCGCGAUUUUCUGCAGCGCCAACUCGCAGCGUGCGCGCCGUCGUUGUGAGCCAUGACUAUGUGAAUAGAAGCGGAUGCAUAUUUGUAUUUGA